CACUUCUGCUGCCUAAAAACUGUGCCGCACACUCUCUCCUUUCAUUGGUUGAUAGAAAGAGAGUUGCAAGUUGAUUGGUUAGGCUGAAGCGUGUAUUGUGUCGCGUUUGUUAAGCGAGGGGGUAUAUAAAGGCUUCAUGAGAGAAAGUCUGUUCUUCUUUCUUUCUUAUCACGGAUUUUUGGUUCUGGAGAAAUUUGGUAUAAUAACAAGUCGAAUAUUGAGAUAUCUUGAUAAGAAUCAUGGGAGGAGGUCCAGAAAACCCGAUGAAAAUGGAGAUGGAUGGUGUUGUUACUCCCCUCAACGAAAGAGUCACCACCCUCACAAUCAACGACGAUCAAGCCACCGCUAUGAGUGUCGGGGAUAACAAAGAAGGUGUCCUCGAUGGCGCAGACACCGAUUCCGAGAUCGAUGUCAUGGAUGUGGUGGAGCAUAAGCAAGAGCUGAUGCGGGAACUGAAAGCCCUUGGUGUCAAGCCUUUGCUCAAACCGGAUUACACUAAGCCGCUUGAUGAGCCAAGUUGGGGGGAUGAGGAUGAUGAGGAGGAGGAUGAUGAUGUGGAUAUGGAGGGUGAGGGUGAGGGUGUUUUGGAUGGCGAGGAUGAAGAGGAGGGCGAUGAGGGCCUGGAGGACGGAGAGUUGGAGGAGCUUAGGAGUGGGAAGUGAAGAGGCUGCGAGGUUGAUUUGAUUGUUGGGAGGUGGUCUGUGGU